AUGAAAUCAGUAGCACAUUACCUAAUGAUUUUAGCACAGUAUCCAAAGCUAGAAGAAAAAUUACAUGCCUCAGCAUCUUUGAAAGUAUCUGAAGAUUGGCAUAAAAGACAAAAACAAGAGUUAUUGGAUAAGAUUAAACAACAAGAAACAGAGAUUAUUAAAUUGACCCAGAAAAUUGAACAAUUGAAAACUUUAACCCCUCAAGAGUUAGUCAAUAAGUUAAAUGCUUAUGAGGCAGAGAAUGAGAAAUUAAAGAACCA